AGAUAAACUUGAUAAACAUGAUCAUAAUCCCCAUGUCGGAUUUGGCCAAUGGCGUGCUGUGACAUCAAAUAGCCACAUAACCCUGCACCAAUCUAAUCGCGUCCCUCUCACGAGCCACACCCACUGGUUCUCCGCCCAGCCAUCCCUCAUGCACUGUGCUGCCGCCGGAUGCAGUUGUCAUGGAGAUGGAAAAGGACCCAGCUUCCGCUCGUCGUGCUGUUGCCAUGGAAAUCCCCGUGGCAGCAGCAUCGCUCUCUGUAGCGCCAGGAGAUCCGGAGGAGCAGUGCGAGCCCGCCCUACCCUUUCAGCACGGUGGACAGCACCAUAGGACCAGACCGCCGUUUAACCACGGGAGAUUUUAUAUGCUGAUAGUUAUCGGAGAAAUCUCAACGGACCACCACCUUCAGUCUGCCAAAAAACACAUAAAACAGGGACUGCGGUCGUGGGACAUCGAUCUGACUCUGUGCGACCUGAACAGAGAGCUACAGCUCUUCGCAACGCGACACUCUGCCCAGUUCUCCUCAGAGGUCAAAGGACAGAGGACCCUGCAGUACAAGAGUGAUGUCCUUGAGACAGUUGUGUUGGUGAACCCGUCAGAGGAAACUACUGCUUCAGAGAUCUGCUCUCUGGUCACUGACUCUGCUGGACACAAGCUACUAGUCCUAAGUGGCCAGAGCUCUGAGCAGGGAGGUGACAUCACGCUGCAGGGUGGAGCCUUCACCUGGAGACACUUCUCUGACAUCAUCUCUGAUCCUGGAGUGACUGAGGUCCUGUCCAACUCAGCGUCGGACCAGCGGCCCAGGCUAACAGUAUCGUGCCUGGGAGACGGGGGCUGGAGCUCACUGGGCCACAGCCAGGAGCAGCAGCACCUCCAGAACCUUCUGGAAUACCGCCUAAACCCUGAGCCCACGCUUCCCAACAUGGAGGGAGUAGCGGAGUUCACAGAGUACGUCUCGGAGACGGUGGACGUCCCGUCGCCCUUUGACAACCUGGAACCGCCCACCUCGGGUGGUUUCCUGAAGCUAUCCAAGCCCUGCUGCUACAUCUUCCCCGGAGGGAGGGGUGACUCCGCCCUGUUUGCCGUGAACGGAUUCAACAUCCUGGUGGAUGGAGGGUCCGAACGCAGGUCCUGUUUCUGGAAGCUGGUCAGGCACUUGGACAGGAUAGACUCAGUCCUGCUGACCCACAUUGGGGCGGACAACCUCCCAGGCAUCAACGGGCUGCUCCAGAGGAAGAUCGCUGAGCAGGAGGAGGAGCAGUCCCAGGGAUCUGGCGGCUCCAACACAUACGGUGACUGGAUGAAGAACCUGAUCUCGCCCGAGCUCGGAGUGGUGUUCUUCAACGUCCCCGAGAAGCUACGAAUGCCUGAGUCCACGCUAAAGGUCAAACGGAGCAUCGAGGAGGCAUCCCUCACACUGCAGUAUCUCAACAAGCUUGGCAUCAAGUCAGAACCCCUUUACAGGGUUGUGAGCAACACCAUUGAGCCCAUCACGCUUUUCCACAAGCUGGGCGUUGGCAAGCUAGACAUGUACAUUCUGAACCCUGUGAAGGAAAGCAAGGAGAUGCAGUUCCUUAUGCAGAAGUGGGCUGGGAACAGUAAGGCCAAGACUGGGAUUGUGAUGUCAAAUGGCAAAGAAGGAGAAAUAUCAGUCCCUUACUUGACCUCAGUAACAGCUCUUAUCGUAUGGAUCCCACAUAGUCCAACAGAGAAGAUAGUCAGGGUGCUGUUCCCUGGAAAUGCACCACAGAACAAAAUUUUGGAGGGGCUUGAAAAGCUGAAGCACCUGGACUUCCUGCGCUACCCAGUGGCCACUCAGAAAGACAUAUCCUCUGGGGCCCCACCUCCAAUCAUAAAACAAACAAAGAUGAGAUCAAGAACAGAAAGCAAGGAGAGCCUGAAAUCUUCCACCAAAACACAGUUGGCCUCAAAAGCCAGCAAAAAGGAAGCUAAAGGGCAGGAAGAGGAGUCCAAGAAUGACUCGGCUAAAGAGAACAAAAUUGAAAAGAAAGAGGAGAAGAAGGAGAAGAAGGUGAAGAGUGAGAGCGCCAAAGCUACCAAAGCCACCAAACAACAACAAAACAGUGAGGCAGCACCCGAAGCAGCCAAACUGGAGAGAAAGAAGCUGUCCAAGGAGAAAACACUGAGGAAACACUCCAAGGAACGACCAUCUAAGAUGGAGGAGAAAAAGGACAAAGAGAAGAAAGAGAUUAGUAAAGUAAAGAAAGAAGACAACAAACGCGAAGUGAAGAAAGACGAUACUGCUAAAAAAGAACCAAAAGCAGUGAAGGAGGAGAAAAAGAAGGAUCUGAGUAAGCCAGAGCUGAGGAAGAUCACCAAACCAGAUCUGAAACCCUUUACCCCAGAAGUCAGGAAAACCCUCCAUAAGGCAAACAAGACACAGGCUAAACCCAAGACGGACAAGACUGACAAAAACAUAACAGCAAAACCGGUCAAAGAGAAAACAGCUGAGAAAAAGUCUGUCCCAAAGAAAGCCCCCCAAAAAUCUACUGCUGCUUUGGCAGACGGGUCUGUUGUAUCCUCUCCAGAAGACCUCACCAAGGACUUCGAAGCUUUAAAACGAGAUGAGUUCUCGAAGCUAGGGAGUGAACCCAUUCAGAAUGAUGUCAUGUCUGGAUGUCCAGCUUUCACAGACUCCAAACUCCCUGAUGUGGGAAUAACAACUAAAUCCCCAGCCAAUCUUGGAGAGAAGUUUGAGGAUGAGGGUGCCGAUAUGGAUGAUGUUGAUGAUGAUGAGGAGUACAACAAAGAGAGUGAUGUACUAAAGAAAGGUGCAGAUGUCGGGAAAUGGCAGGACAUUAAAAGAAAUGCUGGCAUGGAUAGGAAAUAUGAGGAGGAAAUGGAGCAAUACGACGAAUACUCUACUAAAGGAGACAUGAAUUCGAAGAAAAGUGUCAGCUCAGAAGAGGAGGGUGAUGUUAUCGAAAAAGCAGAUCUGGAGGGAACCGAGGAUUAUGAGGAUAAAUACAACACAGAAAAAGAUAAAAAAGAAUGGGACACCAAGUCAACCGACUUUAAAUCGUUUUCAACUGCAGUCGCCUCUGGACAAACCACUACCGCUGCCUCUGAGCAAGUGUCCUUCAUUCAAGAUGAGACUAUUCCCGCUUAUUCUGAAACGGAGCAGACCAUCUCCGAUGAGGAGAUCCAUGAAGAACCCGAGGACAGGAUCCCACACCUCCGCUAUGACGUUGCUUCCUGCGACAUCACCGUUCCCGACGUUCCAGGAUCCUUUGACUCUGUGUAUGGUGUUAGGGAGAUGAGAGCCUCGGCUACGUCUGACGCCUCAGACUUCAAAGCCAAAGGCUUUGUGGGAAGACAUGACCCAGUGUUGGCAGCCUAUCCAAGCAUCAUCACAGCUCCACUCGCCGAGGAAGAGCACAUCUCCUCAGCCACGUCCAUCACAGAGUACGACAAACUGUCCUCGUUCGCCACUUCAAUGGCGGAUGACCAGUCCAUCGCAUCGGUGACCGCCCCGCAGACAGAGACAGAGACAGGGAGGAGCUCUCUUCACCUGGACACGGUCAAUAGUAUCCCCUACCGCACCGAGGCCACCCACGGAAAGGACUACCUCCACUCGGCUGGAACCAUCUCUCCCACCUCCUCCCUGGAGGAGGACAAGAACUUCAGUUCUCCUCCUUCAAAGGAGUACCAGCCUUUUGUUACCGAGAUGGAGGCUGGGAGGAAGACCAAACCCGUCCAUGAGGAGUAUGACGAAGAGGAGGAUGAAGACGAGGACCAGACUCCCAACGUUGAUAUCCCCUUGGGGAAACUCCAAGAGGGCUACGAGCAGGCGACGGCAGCCAUGUUGUUCCAGGACAAGGAUAAAUCCCCCUCCACUGCCUUUGCGCCUCCUUCUCCUCCCUCUUUCUCCAGCGGGUUUAAGCCUAGUUCCAUGUUUGAAGGUGAAAAGAGAUGUCUUAGCCCAGACGACAGCACCGUGAAGCUGGCCUCACCCACCCAGUCGGUCCCCACCAGCAGUGGCUACUCCCCCACAGAGGAGAAGAAAAACAACAAAAUGGACAAAACUGAAGCUGAGCUCCAGUUAAUGGGUCUCUCUGGUGACAAGACCCCCUUUGAAGAAUCAGAUGAAGAGGACGAUGAUGACUAUUAUGAGAAAAGGGAUCUCAAACCCUGUGUUAAAGCUAAGUAUUUGGAACAGAAGGAGGGUAGGUUCUUGGACGAUGAAUCACCUCAAGAAGAGAAGCUGUCUGAGAGGGACAAAGGACUUGCAGAGGAUGACAUCAAGUCCAAGUAUCUGCAGAAUAAACCGGGGUCGACAGACGAGACACAGUUCUCUGGUUACAUGGAGCAAACAACCAAACCCCAGAUCAUGCACUCCGACGAGCAAGACGAGGUGGAGGAAGAUGAUGUUAUUCAACCAAGUGGAACAGGGUCUAGAGCUUUAUCAGUAGAGCAAAGUAAGUUGGACUCUGAAGAUGACAAAAAGGAUGCAGCAUUAUCCAGAAAAAAGGACUAUGUAACUUUGAAAGAGCCAGAGAAAAGUGUCCAGUUCAAUCUGUAUGAUUUCCCGGAGCGAGAGAGUAGAGAGAAACGCUCAGAAGAAGAAAUAAGACAGGACACCCCAUAUGUACACGGCAAGACUUUCUCUUACAGUGAUAUCUAUGACAACAAAACCAGUUAUCAGAAGGACCAGUCAGAAAAAAUGGGGAAGGACAGUAUGGAGAUGGACACACAGAAAAAGGACUCCCCUUUCCCCUCAGACAAGGAGGGGUUCACUAGCUCUCAUGGAAAAGAUGUAUCUUCCUCCUCCUCUUCCUCUUCCCCCUUUCCAUGGCUCCAUGGCUCUGAAUCCAUAGAGAAGAUAAGUGAGCCACGUGGAUACAGCAGAGAGAGCAGAUUCCCAUCCAUGGCCGAUAGACCAGAGGCUUCAACCACAUCCUUAUCAUCAGAGAGAGACUCCUUCCCUUAUAAAGUUCACAGUGAUUACACCUCUGUAACAGGUAGUGCUGCAGCCAAACCCUCUUCAAUGAGCUACCAUGACAAAGAAGUGGAACUGGAGAUAGACAUGAGGAAGCUAACAGCCAGGGAUGAGGAAGACUACGAUGAUUAUGAUGAUGAAGAUGAUGAAGAAGAGGAUGAGGACGAUGACGAGGAGGAUGCUAUUGACUCAGACAUGGAGAAAGGUGCCAAAGAGAAAUCGGAAAAGGAAGUCAAAAGUCCUUUCAUCGAUGGUGUGAGCUCAAAACAGCCCCAGUAUAUGGUUUCCAUGGUCGGCUACGGUUACAACAGCCAGACAAAGCCGACUUCACCAGACAGCAUGAGCACAGAAGAGCCAGAGUUUAUGGUUUCCAUGGCCGGCUAUGGUUACAACAGUCAGGCAAAACCGACUUCACCAGACUGUGUGAGCUCAAAAGAGACAGAUUUCACAGACUCCAAACUCCCUGAUGAGGGGAUAACAACUAAAUCCCCAGCCAAACUUGAAGAGACGUUUGAGGACGAGGUUGCCGACAUGGAUGAUGAUGAUGAUGAUGAUGAUGACGAUGAUGAGGAGUACAACAAAGAGCGGGACAUACUAAAGAAAGGUGCAGAUGGUUACAACAGCCAGGCAAAACCGAUUUCACCAGAUGGCAUGAGCUCGAAAGAGCCAGAGUUUAUGGUUUCCAUGGCGGGCUACGGUUACAACAACCAGGCAAAGCUGACUUCACCAGAUGGCAUGAGCUCAAAAGAGCCAGAGUUUAUGGUUUCCAUGGCGGGCUACGGUUACAACAACCAGGCAAAGCUGACUUCACCAGAUGGCAUGAGCUCAAAAGAGCCAGAGUUUAUGGUUUCCAUGGCGGGCUACGGUUACAACAGCCAGGCAAAGCCGACUACGCCACCUUCUUCCACCACCUGCAAAGGUGACAUGGGGGCCACAGCGUUCUCUGGGUACUCCUCUGGGUUUGAUUAUUCUUAUGGUGGGGAGAAAGACACAUUCCAGUCCAGCCAGAUGAAGGACAAAGAGGGAAAAGACGACUAUUUCCACAGCGAGAGAGCUGACGGUGGUAAGAAAACAGGAGACACAGUAGGAGUCUCAUCAGGCUUCCACUACACCACCACCUCUGCCACGGCAUACUCGUCCUCCUCUUCCUACAGCUACUCCUCCUCUACGUCCGGUCCGUCACUCUCCACCAGCCGGCAGUUUGGCGAGGAGCUGGAGACCCCAGCCAACGCCUCCGACCACAUCUUCAAACACGAUGCAGACAGUGCCGGCUUCGAGUACUCCUCCUUUAAAGAUGAACACGGCUCCUUUAAAGAUGAACACGCCUCCUUUAAAGAUGAACACGGCUCCUUUAAAGAUGAACACGCCUCCUUUAAAGAUGAACACGGCUCCUUUAAAGAUGAACACGCCUCCAUUAAAGAUGAACACGCCUCCAUUAAAGAUGAACACGGCUCCUUUAAAGAUGAACAUGCCUCCAUUAAAGACGAACACUCCUCCUUUAAAGAUGAACACGCCUCCAUUAAAGAUGAACACGCCUCCAUUAAAGAUGAACACUCCUCCUUUAAAGACGAACACUCCCUGGCCAUGGACUCCUCCCCCUUUUCCAGUUCCUGCAGGAUGGUUAAGAACGAGUAUUUGGAGGUUUCGGAGAAGCAGAUGACGACAGCCACCACCACCACAGAAUCCACCUCCAGUCUGGGCCGCUUCUCUCCUCACAGCCCCUUUGAGGAGAUCAAACCUUUCCACUCGCACUCCUCCGCUUCCUCCUCGGAAGACAAAAAGGAGCAUGUUGCUUCGAUGGAAGGAAGUGUUGUGAACAAAAGCCCCCAGUCGGACUGCUUCUAUAAACCGGAAUGGGCGGAUGAGUCCAAGCUGCAGGCUGCAGGGGGUUAUGGGCCUUUCUCCCAGUCGCCCAAGGAGAAGGAUGCGAUCGCCACGGGUUUGUUUGGUGUCACCUCGUCCCCACGGCCCGACUCAACAGGCAAGCAUUACUUUGAAAACUCUGACAGUAGUGAGGAAGAGGAUGAUGAGGAAGGUUACAUGCGUGAGAUGGACCUGUCCUUCUCCGAAAAACACGGCAGCAGCACCACCACCUCAGGUAAGAUAGAUGGCGCUGGUCUCCCUGAUGUGCUCACCUCAUACAUGCCCUCCUCUCUGCUGCCCACCAAGCCAGACACAGUCAAUGGUCCCAUGGAGGUCAGCAGCAUGAGCUCCCCCAUCAGUGCAGGGCCGGCAGCCAGCUGCGUGAGCCCAGGUCUGGGUACAGCUGAGGAGAAAAAGGUGAGGAGCUCCUAUGAGUGGAACAUGCAGAAGCCCCAGAUGGACAUGGUUCCUGGCGACUCCCCGCCUCAUUACCGCCACGAGGACGAGUUUGAGGAGGAAUGUGAAAUGGAACCAGAGUGCCCCGCCCGCCCGCUCUCCCUCUCCUCCACUGAUCACACCUUCAGCUCCCCCUUCUACACGGAGGCGUCGUGCCGAGGAGAAGCAGGAGGAAGAGAUGAUGAUGAUGACGACAGCGACCCGGACCUCCCUCCUGAAAUGGGCGCCACCUCCUACACGUCCUCCUCCAAAGCCUCCCCUGGCUACUCCUCCUCGGAGCACAGGCACCGCAAAGGAGACCUCUCGCCCUCCUUCAUCAAUCCCAGUAUGCAACAGCAGUCCAGCGAUGAGGAGGACGAGGAGCGGGGACGCAGGAGCGACCAAUCGCAGGAAGGGGAUGAACAUGACCUGUCAGUCAAGAAGAGAGCCAACAAACAGCCCCACCACCCCCACUUCCAGGGCGGCUCGGUCCCCCACGCUGGGACGGCUGGGCUGGGGUUAGCCAGAGAAGACACCCCCUCAACCUCCGUCAGCGAGUCUAUACCGUCGCAGUCAGAUUCAGACGUUCCCCCAGGGACAAAGGAGUGCCCCUCCAUCACGGGCAACAGCAACAUGGACUCGGACGAGGACACUGAGUACCUGCCUGUGGAUAAGUUCUCCACCAUGGGAGGGGGCCACCAUCACUCCUCUUCCUCCUCCUCCUCCAGGAUGAGCCCCCGUGACCCCCCUCCCGCCCCCCUCAUGGACCCCUUCCCCAACCCCCCUCACCCGGACGUCUGCAUGGUGGACCCCGACGCUCUGGCCAAUGACCAGAACCGGGCAACCUCAGAGUCUCCCCUCAAGAAGGACCCCAAGACGAAAGGCGUGCGGAAGACAGGGAAACCCAAGUCUGCAUCUCCGGCUCGCCGUAAGCGGUCCCCCAUGCCAGUGAAGCAGUUGCCGUCCCCUCGCAGCGCCUCGCUGAAGAAGAAGGAGACAGAGAAGAGCUUGAGGAUGUCCCAUCUGUCAGAUGGACAGGGUUCCAGAGACGAUGACCUCUCCAGGUCCAGCUACAACGCUGGCAGGGUGGCCAACGGCGUUAAGAGCACCUCAGGCUCUCAGAGGUCCAGUUCCGUGGUUCCCCAAGGCCCUCCUAUCUACGUAGACUUGGCCUACAUCCCCAACCACUGCAGUGCUAAGAACGUGGACCAGGAGUUCUUCAAACGCGUCCGCUCUGCAUACUACGUGGUGAGCGGGAACGAUAUGGGCAAUGACGAGCCCAGCCGAGUGGUCCUGGACGCUCUACUGGAGGGCAAGGCCCAGUGGGGAUCCAACCUACAGGUGACGUUGAUUCCCACCCAUGACACAGAUGUGACUCGGGAGUGGUACCAGCAGACCCAUGAACGGCAGCAGGAGCUAAACAUCAUGGUCCUGGCCUCCAGCAGCACCGUGGUCAUGCAGGAUGAGUCUUUCCCCGCCUGCAAGAUCGAAUUUUAAGCCCCAUCCCCCCUCUCUUCCCCUCUGUAAUGGGACAACACACCCCUGGUUCAGUCUGUCUGUUUAAAUAUUUUGGAUCUGCCUUUUCUAGGGAUUUAUUUCUUACUUAAAUCAUAACAGUACAUCUCAAAUUGCACCCUAUUUGUCUUAUAGCUAACAUAGAACUCUGGUCUAAAGUAGUGCACUGGACUGUAUGUGGAGUAGGGUGUCAUUUUAGACACAGCGAUAUUCAACAACCACACGUUUGAUUAUGGUUAUUGUCAUUGUUUGUAUUAUAAAGGUGCUCUUCAGACUAUAACGCUCCUCUACUAUAAUUCUAAGGUUUAUUAAAGGAAACAAGUACGGUUGUGCAUACGGUAGAAAUCCAGGCAAAAUGUCCAGGCAAUAAUUACAGUUUCCUUCAAGUUAAGACAGAUUUUCUUCUAAUAGGCAUAAUUCAAAGCACAAGUAUGCCCAAUUAUAAUGUUACAGAGUCAUCAACAACAACAACUUAUUCAACUUACAACUUAAUCAACAACAACUUCAUCUUUGUUUAAAGAAGUUAUAACACUAAAAAACAUUUUGUACUUUAGUGUUUAUAUGUUUUGUAGAACUGAAUACGCCAUGCUAAUGCCAACGGUACUUUUCUCAUCCACGUGCCACUCAUUGAACUUUGUGCCUAAUAUUGACACAUUGACAUAGAUGAUAUUCUAAGUAGAUUGUCUCUAAGAGUCUUUUAGAUGUCGAAUAAUUAUGUUUGUAGUAGAAUAGGGUGGAAAAAACAAAUCGAGUCAUACUCAAAGGUGUUGUGUGUGCCAUUCAGUUUUCAUGUUAUUUCUGCAAGGUGAAAUUCGCUUUUAAUGGAUUUCUCAAGCGCCAUAUUGCGUACAGUAAAUUGUAACUGUCAGUGUUGUCUGGUUGUAAAGUGUAGUCUUUUGAGAAUGUUCCCAGCCAGAACACAUCCAGAUCUGUCGAACAGGGCUGUUGUAUAUUGUACAAUAUACAACAUGCACAGUAGAUUACCCUUGCAUUUAUUUUCCAAGCUUGCAUCCACAAACAUAUCUUGGACCAGGCCAAUGUAUGCUAUUGUGUGGAAGGAAAGGAGAAUACUCACAUUGCAACAUUUUGAUGACUGUAUGUCAGGUUGCAAUGUUGCUACAUUCAAUGUACUACUUCCUCGUCAUAGCAUUUAUACGCAUGUAUAACAUACUGUAAGCAUUACACAUUGGCUUGGAAUAGUGUGGCUUAUGAAAUGACAAAUAUCUUAAGCAGCUUGUUUGUGUUCAUGAACUCAUUGAUAGAAAGGAGGCUGUCAGGUUAAAGAUGUUACACAACUUAAAGACAACAACCCUCCGCUAUUUUAUCUGCAGAGCUACAGACCGACAGUGUCUGGGAACUGGAGUAGGUCCACAAUUUGGGAAGGUAUCACAGAUCAUAUGAUUAUUCUCACAUUUAGUAUUGACCCUUUAAGAGACAUGGGUGUGAUUUGGAAUUUGUGUAAGGUGAAGAUAGUGUAGACUAGUGGUAUGUACUCCAGCUAUGACCAUCAAGGUAUUGUCCCAAAUGGCACCCUAUUCCCUAUGUAGUGCACUACUUUUGACCAGAGCCUUAUGGUAGUGCACUACAUAGGGAAUAUGGUGCCAUUUGGGGCAGUCAUACCUAACCUGGUUAUGACUACAGCAAUAGGACCAUGUGGUUGUGAGCUCAUGGCCCAUCGCCUGUACAGGGUAAUAGUUUGAUUGAGUGUCUGAAGACUUGUCUGUGAGGUGUUUGUGGCGUGCAUUAACGUUGAUGAACAUUGUGGGGCGGUUCCAUAGAUGACAGAGGUUUGACUGUCACCCACAUGUGCCUUUCUGUCCUGUCGCGUGUUCAAGGAAGACUCAGAUGCUUGCUUGAAAUGGCCCUUGUGGCAAAGCCAUAGAUAUUCAGUGUUCGGCAAACUCAGUUUCGGUCUCAGAAUUUGAACGGGCGCCAUGUUGGCACUGAAAGCUCCAAGACAAUUACAUUGUAGUUGGAAUGCAGAUUAGAAUGUUCUCAUCAUGGCAUGUUUGGUGCAGACAUGGAGGAUGGUUUGCCAUGGUAAAGUAGUGGCUAGGUGGGCAGGUCAGUGUUGUAGUAUGAUCACUAAACUAAAAGCAAAGGUCCAAAAAUAUGAUUUGCACAUCCUACUAAGCAAACUAACAUGGUACUUUUACCAGUGUUUAAAUCACAGGGUCUGAUAUUCUCUGUCGGCGAUAGUGAACAAGAAGCACAAAUUAUCAAACCACUUAACAAGAACCAACUGUGGUCAAACCCUUAUUCUAAGAACUUGUAGGCCCAGUCAUAUGAAAAUACUCUAAUUUGGGAUUUCUACCAAUUGUGUUUAUGUUCUUUAACACAAAAGCAGUCAUUUUUAAUCAGAAAAAGAGAGCUUUGCUGGAAAUGUUAACUCACAGACAGACGUGUUAUCUCCUAUUGAGUUGUAUUAUUUUCUUAAUCCUUAUGAUGCCCAUGGAAAGGGAAAGAGGUGUUUUGCUCUAAGGCUGUUUUAGAACCAUUAACUUUGGGAGCAGAGGCCAAAAGGUUUUUGCUCUACCACAAUCACCUUGACUCAAUGCCUUGGAAUGUUUUUUAAAAACAAAAUGUACAAUUUGCUUUUGAUUUUAUGUGAUCAUAGUCGGUGUGUCUAGAAUGUAAUUUUCAGUGUUAUUUAAGAUGGGUUUUCAUUUGUGUGCACAGUUUGUAAUUGUAUCCUUUAAUAUUACUGUAAGUUAGGACUAACUAAGUAGAUUGUUAGAAACUAACUGUUAGAAAACGAGACAAAAAUACAUGUUUUAAUUCCAUUUUAUUGCAUCAUGACAUUGAGUUUUUGAGCCUUACAAAGAACAAAUUAUAACACGCCUUGUUUGAGGGUCUAGACAAAUUGUACCAUUGCGCGAUCUUUGAGGCUAAUCAGAAUAUUCAGCCAUGUAUUCCAGUUUUUCUGAGACACAUAUGGCGCACACACGUAAAUAAUAUCAUAGAGACAAAGAAAAUAGAAUGAAUUGUCAAAUGCUUUCAGUAAACAUGUUUUGAAUCAGGCAAUGUCUUUUUCUUUUCGUUGCCGAAGCUCAUUGCACGAAUGUACCGGACCAUGCAGAUUAUCAGACAGAGCAGUUCUGAGAUAGCCUGGUUAACUGACAGAGAGCAGUUCUGAGAUAGCCUGGUUAAUUGACAGACAGAGAGCAGUUCUGAGAGAGCCUGGUUAAUUGACAGACAGAGAGCAGUUCUGAGAGAGCCUGGUUAAUUGACAGACAGAGAGCAGUUCUGAGAGAGCCUGGUUAAUUGACAGACAGAGAGCAGUUCUGAGAGAGCCUGGUUAAUUGACAGACAGAGAGCAGUUCUGAGAGAGCCUGGUUAAUUGACAGACAGAGAGCAGUUCUGAGAGAGCCUGGUUAAUUGACAGACAGAGAGCAGUUCUGAGAGAGCCUGGUUAAUUGACAGACAGAGAGCAGUUCUGAGAGAGCCUGGUUAAUUGACAGACAGAGAGCAGUUCUGAGAGAGCCUGGUUAAUUGACAGACAGAGAGCAGUUCUGAGAGAGCCUGGUUAAUUGACAGACAGAGAGCAGUUCUGAGAGAGCCUGGUUAAUUGACAGACAGAGAGCAGUUCUGAGAGAGCCUGGUUAAUUGACAGACAGAGAGCAGUUCUGAGAUAGCCUGGUUAAUUGACAGACAGAGAGCAGUUCUGAGAUAGCCUGGUUAAUUGACAGACAGAGAGCAGUUCUGAGAUAGCCUGGUUAAUUGACAGACAGAGAGCAGUUCUGAGAGAGUCUGGUUAAUUGACAGACAGAGAGCAGUUCUGCGAUAACAAUACUGAGAGCAGCGUUCAGUCUGGUUUAACCAGGCUAGUUCUGAGUGUUCCAGCUGAUCCGAAUGUGAAGAAGCAGAUUAACCUUUACGUUCUCUGUGGAGGACAUUGAUAUCUUGGUUGCCUUGGUGACAUACUAGUUAGUAGUUGUAUAUGUUUUCUGCUCCAUCAACUCAAAAGGGUUGUCAGUCAAAGUCAGACUGUCUCCUCUAUUGUGUGUGAAUACAGUGCAUAUCAAACUUAUUUUUAGGGUAGAAUGUCUGUUAUUUUAUUUCUUUACUCUUGUCUGAAGUCUGUCUAUUUCUAAUGGUUGCCCUGAGAAACGAGUGCAAUUAAUUAGUCAGCGAUUGAUUAAAGAAAAUUGGACAAGUUCUUCAUUUUCAGAGACUGAUUUUCAGAGACUGACCGUACAGGUAAUUGUCUUACUAACUGUUUUUCAAAGGCAUACUAACAUGCCUGCUAUAUUGUUUAGCUGAGAGUACAUUCUGUAUAGCAAAUAUUGGAUAAUUUUACAGUGCUUGCAAUUGGCUUUCACAUAGAGAAUGGGAUUCAGAACAACAGUAUCCCUUUAUAUCUCAGCAACUCUACCAGUUUUCCUGUGGUCUUUGACUUCAAGGUUGUCUUAACGAGACAUCAACUGUUAACUCAUGUCAGCGUCAUUCUGAAGACUAGAAUUAACAUUGUAUUCAUAGACAAACACAAACCACAUCACACAAAACUGACUGCCAGAUAGUGACUCGGAUCACUAUAUCAAUACAUUUUAUAUCUAGGGUAUUUAUAAUGGUUCACACAGUGAAUUUUUCAUAAUAAAAAAAACUAACAGAACAAAAACAGUAACAGUAUCAAUGUAUUGUGCAAAAAAUAAUAAUUCAGUUCAAUUCUCCAAAACUCCUCAGAAUCCUGAUGCAGAAAAUCCUCAUGAAGAUUGUCCAUCAUUCCAAUAAACUCUGCUCGUCUGUGCAUGCUACCUUAUUAGUUCUAAUCCUGUAGGUAAGUUUAAAAAUGAAUAAAAUAGAAACGCUAUUUUAAAAGAUGCAUAUUUAAAAAAGCUAACUGUGGAUGGUAUGGGGAAGGCUGGUGCAAGGUCGUCGUCUUGCCUCCACCGGCUGUGCUGUAAGGAAGGCGUUGUGAUCGCUUUCCUCUUUCUUUUUGCGAGCUUCAUGACUGUUCUUAAAUCUUUUGUUUUAAGUGCAAUAUACUUCUGUAUCUAUCUUUAACAUGUAAAGGAACAUAGAACUUCAGCAGAUUUAUUGUCAAAGGGAAAAGUGUGGUGAUCAUCAAUAAAACAUGUAUUAAAGAAUACAAAAAGCC